UAAACUACCUUCUACAAAUUUAAGAGAAACACAAAACACAAGUUUACCCUUGAUUACCAUUUCAGAAUUAUACAUUCACAUAUCAAUUGCUUAUUUUAGUUUUCAAAGUACAUCCUUAAUGCUUCCAUCCUGGCGAAGUCUCCUGAGCUGGAAACCAAUAAAGAUGGAGGGCCGACGUCGAGCAGCCGACGGAUUGAAGCCUGUGGAGAUCAUUGACUUGACCGAUAUGGAGGUACGGGCCGAGAUCACGAACCUGAUCGAUGGAAACGGAAAAGUCUACAAGUGCCCCAUUUGCAUGGAGUCGCCGGAGGAGCAGGUGGCCACCAUGUGUGGCCACGUCUUCUGCAAGAGCUGCCUGUCCACCGCCUUAAGCCCUUGUGAAGUCUGCCCCCUUUGCAAGAAAAUCGUGUCCGGCUUUAUUCGCAUAUAUACCUAAUUUUUGUUGCCAAACUUCGCUCAAUUGAAGUUUGUUUUUUGUUUUCGUUUUCGUUUGUUACUAAUAUUUGCGUUGAUUGGCUCGGUUCUGCCUUUCGGUAAACUCCAGAUUAAAGGCAACAACAAAAUGAGUUGCACUAACAGAGA